AUGGCCGAAUCGGAGAAUUGUUGCUGCUUCCCAAGACCUCUAGGCGAGGACACCUAUGUCCAUUGGUCUCGAAUGGACUUUGGUUGGGAAAACGGAUGCCAUAUCGCCGUGAUAGGAGCAUCAGGGACCGGCAAAACCUCCUUGGUGAAUGCCCUGAGGGGAUAUCGAAACGGAGAGCAUGGUGCGGCUCCAGUGGGCAGAUCAUCUGGGACGACUCGCGAGAUACACAAGUCUCUUUUGAGUGAUCGAACCCCUGUUUGGGUCCAUGAUAUCCCUAGUGUUGAUAUGGACACGGUUGGGAAAGUGGGCUUUUUCAAGCAAUACCUACUCGGCUUAUAUGAUUGCGUUGUGGUGGUUUAUUCGGGGUGGCUUCAACCGGUUGAUUUGAGAAUCAUCGAGGCCUGUGAUUAUCGCCGUGUGUCGGUUUGUCUUGUUCGGACCCAGUCCGACCGGUACAUGCGCAAGAUUAUGGAAGAUUGGGUGGCCUGGUCAGUUGAUAUGGCCAAAGAUAGUCUUUCCAGGGACGCCCGUAACGAUGUCGAUGAAGCUUUUAAGAAAGCUGAUCUUCCUGACAAAUUGAAGCGAGAUGUGUAUCACAUUAAUAAGAAUGGUUUGUAUGGAUACGUAACGCUUGGUCAGUCUGGACAAUUUGGCGUCCAUGAAGAUUGUUUUGUUGAGAGACUGCAUUCGUUUAAGAGACCUUAUGAGUUUUGA